GUUAACCGGCAGACAUGAAGUUGCUCGACGAAAACGCCUUAAACCACCGAUCUGCCGCUUUAAUUUUGUUAAUUUUCGGUUUAACUCAGACACCACCGCUUACGAGAUGUGAAGUCGCCAGCUUCAAUUUUAUAGAAUUCGCCUACAAGGAAACUUCUAAAAACGAAAUGACGUACCAAGAGUUCGAACAAGCGUGCCAACAAAGUCCUGAGUGCCAGCAGAGUUCCGGCGUAGCCUUGGAACACUGCGUCCGAAACUGCAUUUCGCCUUCUUGCUACCAAGACUUGUACAGAUUUGAUGAGUUGGAGGAGGGUGAAAUCGAUGUGAGGCUCAACUCCUUCAAAGGAUGUUUCAUCCAGAGGCUCAAUAGACAACGAUCUUAAUCCUAUUCCAAUUUUAAUAAAUUGGACAAAUAUAAGACCAAACCUGCGGAGCUUCAGGUAUUAGAUACCUGCUCUCCAAAAAUAGUGAUGUUCCUCUUCUGCUUUUUUGUAGACGAAGGGAGAAUUUUUAAAAAUAAAAAAAUAUGCGAUUUUAACUGAUAAAAUAAAACGCUUUGCAUCUUCAAUAAUAAUAUAAUAAUUAGUUUAUUGAAUUAAUCAUAAGCUACACUUGAAUUGGGUUGAAAAUAAUGACGUACUACAAUAUUUUUAUGCUUUAUUUACAAACACAGGGCUGUAUAUUUGUUAACCUAGACUAGUUAACUUGAUCGUCUGCUCUCUCCGAAAGGAAACCUUUGGAAAAAAAUAAAACAUAUCGCUUCUUCAAACUAAAAGAAAAAUGUAGUUCA